AUGGCCAUGACUUCCAGCGACAUUUACUAUUACCUUCAGUUUUUGAUAUGGUUUAUCACUGCUCUCCUAAUCCACUCUUUCAUCAAAACUUUCCUAAAGUCUCAUCGCACCCUAGUUCCAGACCCACCGAGCCCACCAGCGCUCCCUUUCAUCGGACACUUGCAUCUAGUCAGCUCAGUCCUGCCCGUAUCUUUCCAAGCCCUGGCUCGACGCUAUGGCCCUCUCAUGCGGAUCCGUCUGGGUGCGUCAGCUUGCGUUGUUGUAUCCAACGCCACAGUAGCAAAAGAAAUAUUCAAAACCCAAGAUCUGAAUUUUUCUUCGAGGCCCGAAUUUGGUUCCUCAGAAUACUUCAUUUACAGGGGCUCCCGGUUUGUCCUGGCUCAAUACGGUGACUACUGGCGUUUCAUGAAGAAACUUUGCAUGACAAGGCUCUUGGCUGUCCCUCAACUAGACAAGUUUACCGAUAUCCGAGACCAAGAGAAGGUUAAGCUCGUGGAAUCCGUGAUGAAGUGUUGCAAAGAAGGAAAGCCUUGUGACUUGAGCAGCGAGUUCACAACCCUGACGAACAAUACUAUCUGCAGAAUGGCGAUGAGCACACGUUGUUCGGGGAGCGACAACGAUGCUGCUGAGAUUAAGGAACUAAUUCGGAUAUGUUUGGAGCUUUCAGGGAAGAUUAGUGUAGGAGAUGUGUUGGGUCCUUUGAAGAUAUUGGAUUUCUCAGGGAAUGGGGAGAAGCUUAAGGCGGCUUUGCUGAAGUAUGACCGGUUGGUGGAGAGGAUCAUUAAGGAACAUCAAGAGGAGGCAAUGAAGGGUUUAGAUAAGGAUCAAAGGAAGGAUUUGUUGGAUAUUUUGUUGGAGGUAUACGGAGAUCCAACUGCUGAAGUGAAGAUUUCAAUGAAGGACAUCAAGUCUUUCUUGCUGGAUAUAUUCAUGGCUGGUACAGAUACAUCCUCAUCAGCAAUGCAAUGGGCAAUGGGGGAGCUCAUAAACCACCCAAAAGCCUUUCAGAAGCUUAGGGAUGAGAUCAAUUCUGUCGUAGGACCAAACAGGCUAGUCAAAGAAUCCGACGUCCCAAAUCUUCCUUACCUUCGCGCAGUCAUAAGAGAAACUCUCCGGCUUCAUCCUUCAGCUCCCUUGAUCAUCAGGGAAUGUGCUGAAGAUUGCAAGGUCAACGGCUUCCUAGUGAAGGCCAAGACCCGAGUACUAGUCAAUGUCUACGCUGUUAUGAGGGACCCUGAUUCAUGGACGAAUCCUGAUGAAUUCAAUCCUGAAAGGUUCAUGGAAAGCUCUGAUGAGAGAAUUGGAGAGCAUCAGAUGGAAUUCAAGGGUCAAAACUUUCGGUAUCUUCCUUUCGGGAGCGGCCGGAGAGGAUGCCCUGGAGCCUCCCUUGCUAUGGUGGUGAUGCAUGCAGCUGUGGGAUCCUUGGUUCAGUGCUUUGAUUGGGAGGUGAAGGAUGGUGGCAAAGUUGAUUUAAGCCCAGGGUCUGGGUUCGCUUCAGAAAUGGCUCGUCCCCUUGUGUGUUACCCUAUUGCACGUUUUAAUCCUUUUUGAGCAACACCAUGACAAAGUUCAAAAUAAAUAUUAAGUGGAGCAUUGUCUUUGGCAAUUAGAUUUUGUUUUAAAGUGUGUAUUUGAUUACUAAGUCUCCGAGUUGCAAAC